GUCGCCUGUUUAUAUACCUCCGUCGAAGGUAAACGACGUCUCCGUAUCCACAAUCUAUCGCUCAAUACCUCAUCCCAACACGUCGACAUCUACCGCCUUUGUGAUCUAGACUCCCACGUCAACUGGCUGGCCAAAUUUACUUGUCGAGCUGCUCUCUCCAAGCCUCACUCCGCUAUCUCGGAAGAAUUGACAACUCGGCUUGCCCAGUCUCUUUUCGCAUACAGACGCUACUGCACAGGUCCUGGAAUCGGUGCAGGCUCUGGUGGGGCAGGAAAUUUCGCCAGUCCUGCUGAGCUCGUGCUUCCUGAAACCCUGAAGCUCUUGCCAUUAUUUGUUCAGUCGCUUAUAAAGUGUGACGCAAUAAAACCAGCUCUCGAUAUCACCCUUGACGACAAGUCAUUGGCCAUCUUCCUUAUUCUCGGAAUGGAUUCAUUUGAGACCAACAUUCUGCUCUAUCCCCGACUCUAUUCUAUUCACAACCUACCUGAUGGAUUUGAAACUCUCCCGACGCCCCUGCGAUGCUCCUUCGAGCGCGUAUCUGCAGAUAGUGCCUAUAUUGUUGACAAUGGCAUCUCCGGUCUGAUUUUGUGGCUAGGAAACCAACUUCCUAGCGAUUGGUUAUUGGCCGCUUUCGGAGUUGCUCGUCUCGAUCAGAUAGAGGAAAACAAGAAUUGUCUACCUGAAAUGCCCACGCCGGUUUCUCAAGGUCUUCAUCAUCUGAUCAGACUUAUCCGAGCCAAUCAUCGCAGAUAUUGUCGACUCAUGGUUAUUCGACAGUCGGACAAAUCAGAGAUAUGGUUCAAGCGCUUCAUGUAUGAAGACCGUAUUGACCAAAGAUCCAUCUCCUAUCUGGAGUACCUAUGCCACAUUCAUAAGGAGGUGCGCAGCCUGCUCAAGUAG